AGUGGUUCAGCAACGGGACAGGCGGCCCGGCCCCGCGCCCCGCGCUCGCGGUCCGGGAGCCGCAGCUACCUCAGCAGCCCCGCGCCGGUGCGCGCCGCUCCCCGCCAACCCCGCCGAGCGACGCGCCCGCUGCCUUCGCCGCCCGUCUCCGCUGCCGCUUGGGCCCACGGAUAACGACUCUCCUUGCUCUCGCCUAAGUUGAAUAAGCACCCUGUGCACUUUAAUCUCCUGUCGUGCCAUCAGGCAGACUGAAGACGGUGUUUUGAGAUCUCAGCUGUAAAGACAUCCCGCCAAAGUCUCAAUCUUGCCUUAACCAUGUUCCAGAGACUGAAUAAAAUGUUUGUGGGUGAAGUCAACACUUCUUCCAACCAAGAACCGGAAUUUAGUGAGAAAGAAGAUGAAGAAUGGAUUCUCGUUGACUUCAUAGACGCCUGCCCUGGUUUCUCAGCAGCAGAAGCCAAAGCCGAAGCCAUCAGUGAAGAGUCACGUACCGAGCACCCGUCAGUCUUUUCCUGUUUACCUGCAUCUCUUGAGUGCUUGGCUGAUACCCGUGAUUCCUGCUUGCUCCAGUUUGAGUCCUGUCCGAUGGAGGAGAGCUGGUUUAUCACCCCUCCCCCAUGUUUUACUGCAGGUGGCUUAACCACUCUUAAGGUGGAAACCAGUCCUUUGGAAAACCUUCUCAUUGAACAUCCCAGCAUGUCUGUCUAUGCUGUGCAUAACUCCUGCCCUGGCGUCGGUGAGGCCAGUUGUGGGACCAAUGAAUGUCCUGACCCAAGUAGCCCCAGAGUGGAAAGUCGAAAUGAAAUGGGGCAGCACAUCCAUUGCUACGUUGCAGCUCUCGCUGCACAUACAGCUUUUCUGGAACAACCCAAGAGCUUUCGCCCUUCCCAGUGGAUAAAAGAACAUAGUGAAAGACCGUCUUUGAACAGAAAUAGCCUUCGUCGCCAAAAUCUUACCAGGGAUUGCCACUCUAGGCAAGUCAAGCACAAUGGCUGGGCUGUCCAUCAGCCCUGCCCCCGUCAGUACAAUUACUAAGAAUUUCAAGAUUGGUUGGAUUCUCUUGGUUUGUGCAUAUGUGUGUGGACGUGUGUGGACGGACGAUGAGGAUGCUGUUUCUUUACAGCCAACUGAUGACCAAUCACAUAGUUUUAUCGAUGUGUUUAGACACUAUCUUGAAAACCAGAUUUACAUGCUGUAUAUCACAUAAUGCCUUGCUUUUAACACUUACUUUUUUGUAAAUUUUUUCAGAAUAUUUUCGGAAACAUAUCAAUACAGUUACAGUGUUUGGUGUUUGGGGGUGUCUUUAAAUCUAUGAAGGUGUACAUGAGUUAGCAUUCUAAAGACAUUUCUUCCCAAGUAUGAGAAUAGGCAUCUUUCAAUUUCAUUUUAUUUUGUAUUACUUAAUCAAUAUUUUGAGUAAGCAAGAAUUUAUUCUCAGGGUCAGCCAUACACUUUAUUGACCAGUACUUGAUAAUCUUUUCUGUAUAUAAUGAAUACAUUUUUACACACUAACAUGAGCAUUAACAGGUGAUAGUUGCCAUAGAUAUAAUGGAAUUAUGGCUGAACUUUCUCUUGAAAGAAAACUUGAUAUAUUUCUGUGUGUAUAGGUUUGUUUUGUUUGUUCGGUUGUUUUGUUUUGUUUUGUUUUCCGGAUUAGCCAUGCAGUUCAUUUUGGAAUUCAGGUACAUUAAGUAUUAGUGAACAGUGCAUUCAGUAAUUCCGACGUGACUGUGUGACGUGGUACAGAGAUCGUGGGACAAAAGCACUUGUCUCCCACGCAGAGGGAUUCAGUUAGACCUGUGAACUUGUUUUUGGAGAAAUGUAUGUCUACAACAAAGCCGUUAGUCCACUAUUUAACUUGUCUGGAGUCUUUCCUGUCAGCUCUGCCCACUUGCCGCCUCCUGUCAGCUCAGAAGUACUCCUCCAGGCACUUUAGUGACUUCUUAUUUAUGACUGUCCAAGGGAAAAGAAGUAGAUUUUGUAUCUCUGAUGCAGUGAUCCAUCCUCUGCCAUGGACCUGUCCUGCCAAGUGGCGCGCAAGGCCGAGGAGGGAUUCCCGGUGACAUCCUUUCCUCGCAUCCAAAUGAAGAGUGACAGGUUGGAGCCCUUGAGUUUCCAUUUUUUGUUUUUGUAACUGGGGCUACAGGCAGAAUCUUUAACCACUUUGGCCUCUGUUUCCUCCACCAAUGGGGGAGUAGUAGUAUUUACCUUCCUCACCGUUGUCGUGCGGACUGUGUACUGAUGGGAACUGGGCUGUCCAGAGCUGAACCUUGUGUGAAAUUCCAAGGGCCUCUCUACUGAAUCUAAUGAUGGAGAUGGGGCCUGUGGCGGUUUCCUGCCACAGCUGUUCUUCAGAGUGUUGGUGCUAACGAGGCCGGCGUUCAGGGCUCGAUUCACACGAGGCCAGUUAACACACAGAAACUCUGUUUUGUACCUCCAGCCAGUCACUUUAUUUCUUAGCAGUUGUGAUGGGUUUUGCUGAGCCAUCCACAUUCACCAGUUUCCUCUGUAACUAAAUUAAACAUACACGAUCCAAAGCAUAUUCUACUGUCAGAUCAGUAGUAUCACCUUUGCAAUCAAAUAGCUUAUUUUUCCAUCUCCUCUGCAACCCUAAUAAGUACAUGUCUAUAUAAGGUUUUCAAGGGAAGAAGCAUAUAGUUAUGUGAAGUAUUAUAUUUUUCAAUAAUCCUGUAACAGUUCGGUGCAGGGAACUAUGGGAGACUUUUUUUUU